AUGCAUUGGGCGUAUAGCUGCGCGAUUAAUGUAAUAGGUGGGCAGAUUUCUGUUGUUCAAGGUCUUUUGGAAGAGCUGCCUGGAGAGCCCGCGCCCGACCCACCUGAACCCUACCAGCCAACUCCCAAUCCGCCUCCAGUCCCCUUCCAGCCCACUCUCAACCCACCCCCAGUUCGUGUCCAGCCCAUUCCCAACCCGCCUCCGGCCCGCUAUCCACCCCCACCCUCAGCUCGCAAACAGCCCCCUCCCCCUCCUCAGCCUCGCAACCCACCUCCACCACAAGCCCCCAGCCCAACCCAAGCCCCCAAUCCAGGCCUCACUCCCAAGGCCCAACCCAAUAAAGAAUAUGAACAAGAGGUUAGAUGUGUUGAAGCUUUGACUUUGUGGCGCAACAAUUCUUCUGAUAUAAACAAUGAGCUAUAUAAUGGUUACCCAAAGGGGAACCCAGAGAGGAAAGUUAAUGAAAUACUUGCAGCCUAUGAUUUCUUAAACUCAAAUGAGAACAGUUUUAAUGCAAUCCUUUGGUACAAUUCAAGCUUGAGGAGGAGUGUUGGUUCUGAUCUGCAGCGGAUUGGGCGCUCAGUGAAUCUGGCAUCCAAUGCCUACCUUCAGUGUUUGCAAGGCCCUGGUACCAAAAUGCUGUUUGAGUUUGUCAAAGAAAUGCCUAAGCCUGUAACCAACGUAGUAAGCAUACCGGAUCUUUCCUCUCUACUUGGUCCACUCUUCUUUACAUGGAUCAUUUUACUGCUGUUCCCGGUUGUUUUGAAGUCACUGGUUUACGAGAAACAACAAAAACUGAGAAUCAUGAUGAAAAUGCAUGGCCUUGGUGAUGGACCGUAUUGGAUGAUCUCCUAUGCCUAUUUUCUUGCAGUUUCUUUGAUCUACAUGCUGCUGUUUAUGGCAGUUGGCUCCAUCAUAGGGUUAAAAUUCUUCACAAUCAAUGACUACAGCAUCCAGUUGGUUUUUUACUUCAUCUAUAUGAACUUGCAAAUAGCAGCGGCUUUUCUAGUAGCUUCAAUGUUUUCAAACGUUAAGGCUUGUACAGCUAUAGGUUACAUUCUGGUCUUUGGAACUGGGCUUUUGGCAGAAAAUCUUUUUCGAAGCUUCAUCGAAGAUGCAUCAGUCUCUAGACGCGGGAUCAUUCUUUUACAGUUGUAUCCUGGCUUCUCUCUGUAUCGUGGAUUAUACGAGCUAGCACAAUACCCCUUGCAAGAAAAAAGGGUUGGGAUGGGAUGGGGCGAUUUGAAUGAUAACCAGAAUGGGAUGAGAGAGGUCUUCAUUAUCAUGGUUAUUGAGUGGAUUAGGAAGAAGAAACUUACAUCUCUAAGGAGGCCUAGUUUGCAAAGGCAGGGAUCUAAAGUUUCCAUUCAGAUGGAGAAAUCUGAUGUUAGUCACGAGAUCGAGAUGGUUGAGAGGUUGGUAUUGGAACAAAAUACAAGUCAUGCGAUCAUUUGUGACAACCUCAAAAAGGUGUAUCCGGGAAGAGAUGGAAACCCUGAGAAAUUUGCAGUGAAAGGGUUGUCUCUUGCUUUGCCUCCAGGGGAGUGCUUUGGUAUGCUUGGCCCCAAUGGUGCAGGGAAGACCUCUUUUAUUAGUAUGAUGACUGGUCUCACAAAACCAACCUCUGGCACAGCAUAUGUUCAUGGUAUGGACAUUCGGACGCAAAUGAACGAUAUAUAUACCAGCAUGGGAUUUUGUCCACAGCAUGACCUACUGUGGGAAACACUGACUGGAAGGGAGCAUCUACUAUUUUAUGGCAGACUUAAGAACCUCAAAGGUCGUGCCUUAAUGCAAGCAGUGGAAGAAUCUUUGAAGAGUGUCAAGCUAUUUGAUGGUGGGAUUGCUGACAAACAAGCAGGGAAAUACAGUGGAGGCAUGAAGAGAAGGCUCAGCGUCGCAAUUUUGUUGAUAGGGGACCCCAAAGUUGUUUACAUGGACGAGCCUAGUACUGGACUUGAUCCAUCUUCGAGAAACCAUCUAUGGAAUGUUAUAAAGACUGCAAAACAAGACCGGGCAAUCAUCCUAACCACACAUUCCAUGGAAGAGGCAGAGGUCCUGUGUGAUCGAUUAGGAAUUUUCGUAGAUGGCAGGAUGCAGUGUAUAGGAAACCCGAAGGAGCUGAAGGGGAGACAUGGAGGGUUGUAUGUCUUUACGAUGACAACAAGUUGGGAACAUGAGGAAGAAGUGGAGAGGAUAGUACAGAAGUUGUCACCCAACGCGAACAAGACAUACCGACUGUCGGGGACACAGAAGUUUGAACUGCCCAAAAAUGAGGUCAGAAUUGCAGAUGUAUUCCAAGCAGUGGAGUUUGCAAAGAGUAGAUUCCCAGUGUUUGCAUGGGGUGUGGUUGACACUACUUUGGAGGAUGUCUUCAUUAAGGUUGCUGCAGCUGAGUCUUCUUCAUAUGACAUAUGA